UGACAGCACAUGCGUGACGUUCUGUUUGCCAUGGUUAUGGAGAGCCACUGAUAGGAUUAUAUAAUAAUCAUGUGAUUGUGAGAGUUGAAAGCAGCUACGCAGAGAACAUUUAACGCUUGUUCGGCGGAUGGACUCAUUUCACAAUGGGUAAUAGUGGUUAUUUCCAGAAUUAAAUCCGAUACGUUGUUAAAUUACUGAGGUUUGUCAAAAAUCCCAAACAUGGAAUCUCAAAGGACCAUAUCUUCAUGGACAAGCAUCCUGGUCGCAGUUCUCAUCAUCAGUCAAUGUCUCUCAGGGGCAACUGGGCUCACAUCAUGGGCAGCCAACAUAACAAGCGAGGACCUUCUGCUGGCCGAUCUCCUCAAUGGGUACGACGAACGAGUGAGGCCUGUGGCGGAUCCAUUGACAGCUUUAUCAGUAACGGUCUUCACAGGUAUAAACCAGAUCAUUUCAUUGGAUGAUCGCUCGCAGGUUUUGACUAUCUCUGCUUCGAUCAAUUUGAUGUGGUCUGAUGUACACUUGCGAUGGGACUCUACAGCCUAUGGCGGAAUUACCCAAACCUUUCUUCCCAUUGAGGACAUCUGGAAACCAGAUUUAGGAAUAGGGAACAGUGUCAACGUCCUGAGUUACGACUUGUCCGCAGAAGCUAAGAACAGAGCGGUCGUCUACAACUAUGGUAUAGUUCUAUGGAUAGUCACUGGGGUGUUCGAAGUCUCGUGCAAACUGGACAUGACGCGAUUCCCAUUCGAUACACAAGUCUGCCCCAUACCGAUCAUCUCCACAACUCACUUGAAAGACUUCUUACAGUUGACAACGAUGUUAGAUGACUCGUCGACGCUCUUCUACAUCAACAGUACUGAAUGGGAUCUCGUGUCAGCAAAACAGGAAGUAGGAGAUAGAAGUUUUCCAACGGAGGGCUCACCGACUGGUUACCUGACUUUGUCAGAGUUCACACUCAAUCUGACUCUAAAGAGGCGGACGGGAUACUACUGGGUCCAUCUCAUUAGUCCGUGUGUCUUCAUAUCCCUGCUCGUGACGAUGACUUUCUACAUGCCGAGUGAAGCCGGAGAGAAAAUCUCGUUCAGUGUGACAAUCCUGUUGGCGUUCACGGUCUACCAGCUAAUCAUAGCUGAAACACUACCCAAGACAUCGGAGACAACCUCACUCAUCUCCAUCUACCUCACCCUUUUGAUUGGCCUCUCAGCUACGUCUGUCGUGCUGGCGAUGCUUGUACUCAACAUCCAUCACCACGACCCGGACAAACCCGUCCCCAACUGGGCAAAGACACUAGUCUUCAGAAUUCUGGCAGUGAUCGCAUUCAAGCGUAAAGCAGUCGCGGAGCUUAAACUGGAAACGACAACCAAAAUCGUCCAAGUGCAGCCAAGCCCUAGUUCUGAUACUGUAUCAAUGAUAGGGGGCAGCACUGCUACCAUGACAACAGACAUCAGCACGAUUAUCCCAAUAAUUAGUGCAAAAGAACCAGAAAUGAGGCGUGUCCAGUUCGUCAUGCACAAUCAAGAUUCCUACGAACAAGACAAUCACCCUGGUAGCGGAAAGUACGCAAACAGCUGGAAGGUCGCCGCUGAAAUUCUUGAUAGGUUUUUCUUCAUGCUGUUCAUGCUGGUAACUGUUGUGUCUUCGGUGGUCAUGUUGAUUAUCAUACCACUCACAUAG